CCCCUUCGCCGCCGGCCCCGGCAGUGCGCGGCUCUCCAGAGGCCAGGCAUCACCUCCCCUGCACAGCCCCCAGGUUAACAGCACGUCGCUGCAAUGCCAGAACCGUAAAGAAAAUCCAAGAUCACAGCCUCACGCAAACUCCUGUUGAAGAGUUUGAUGCUGGCAAAAGCAAAGGAGGAGUGGGACCAGGAGAUCGUGGACAAGCAGUCAGAGAAGGAAAGAUACCUGUCUGAGCGGAUCACACCGCUGCACACCAGUGGGCUUUCCUUGAGCCAGCUCCAGGACCUGUGCAGGGAGCUGCAUGAGAAGGUUGAAAUCGUGGAUGAGGAGAGAUACGACAUUGAAGCGAAAUGCAACCAUAACACUCGGGAGAUUAAAGAUCUGAAAAUCAAAGUGCUUGAUCUCCGGGGAAAGUUCAAGCGACCCCCGCUGCGGCGAGUCCGCGUCUCUGCCGAUGCCAUGCUGAGGGCUCUGCUGGGCUCCAAGCACAAGGUGUCCAUGGAUCUGAGAGCCAACCUGAAGUCUGUCAAGAAGGAGGACACAGAGAAGGAGCGCCCUGUGGAAGUUGGUGACUGGCGCAAGAAUGUGGAGGCCAUGUCUGGGAUGGAGGGGCGAAAGAAGAUGUUUGAUGCUGCCAAGUCCCCCACGGGCCAGUGAGAGGAGCAUCGGGAAGAGGAGCCUCACCACCCCGCUGCCUCCCUUUCCCUCGCUGCCCCUCCGUGCUUUUUUGUGCCCUUAGCCUGAAUUCACCACUGAGCUGAAACACACAGACAACUGUCUGGGAAGGAGAUCUGAGCUUCCUUCUUUCAGCACUGCCAUCAGCCCUGCUCCCGCACGGCCCCGGCACAGCAGCUCCCCGGUAUCACCUGCACGGGCCAUGCUGUCUCCAAGGGGCCACUGGCCAUCCCUCCCCUCCCACCACUGCAGAGAGGCCCUGGAGAUGGCUGCUGGUCCUCCCACUCCCCUGACCUCCGGCGGGUGCAGCCUGAGGUGCACCCGUGCGGCUGCACGUGUAUUAAAGGACGAUCUCCCGGGCAGAGCACUGCGUGGGCUCGUCACUGUGGGAGCACUGGCCAGGGGCAAGUACUGGUCCACAGCCUGGCGGGGAAGAUGCCCUGGUCCUUUCCUGUCACCCUGCAAUGUCCCUGUGGCAGCACUCAGGCCAGCAGCAUGCCCUGGGAUCAGAUUUGCUUUGGGUUUAUCCCUUCCAGCCCCCCAGGCUGCUUUAUAGUGCUCCACCAGCUCUGCUGAGACCCCCUGGCCCUGUGCACAUGUCAUCCUCCUCCUCUCCCACGCACUGCAGCCCUUGCCAGGCUUCAGGAUGCACCAGCCUCCCAUGCAGCAAGGCUUGGGUCUCAGUGCAGAGAAGUAUCUGCCAGCUCCCUGUACCCCUCCUCCUCCUCCUCUGGCUCUGGAAAAGCCUUUGGAGCUUGCUCAGCCAGGCACCGGCUCUCUCACCAGCUGCCCCAUCACAGGCACUGGAGCUGUGGGAACUGAGCAGCCUCAUGUCAAGGCUUAAUUCCAGCAGUGUUUCAGGAGAGCAUGGGAUGAAUCCAUCUUUCAGGCCAAACAGCUUGUGCUUCCCCACUAGUUCUAUCAUUUUCUACAUCACAGCCCCCCAGACUGCAGCUGGUUGAGCACAGGCAGCUGGUGAUGUGCCAGCUCAUCCCCAGAGCAGGGCUGGAGGGGAGACUUGGGGAGAAUUCACACCAAAUCGGGUCUUCUGCCUGGCUGUGCUGCAGGAGACGCUGAGGCUCAGCCCCCACAGGGUGCUCCUGGUGGCUGUACCAGUUCCUUGUCCAUGCUCCCAAGGUAUCCAGAGGAAUCGCAGCAUCCAUGGUUUCAAACCUGAGCCACCCCGUGCGCUGUUCGCAGCACACCCCUGUCCCUGUGUAGUGAGCUUGUAAGGGACAGAAAAUGCUAUAAACCUGGAGCAAAGUGCAGGGGGUUGGGGCAGGUGGUGACCGACAGAAACACUUAUUUCUAGUGUGGACAUUAGCACUCGGGCUGCCACAACACCCAGCCGCUCUUCACAGAGAAUUUGAGACUCUAUAAAAAUUCUUCUCAAAUUUAGGGUUAGGUCAGAGGUGUUGUCAGCUGGAAAAUACACAUUCUCUCCCUUAGCAAGCACAGAUGAUCAGUCUUUGUCCUUCCACCUGGUCCUGCAUCCCCAUCAGCAUCCCCUAACUGGGGCCAGGACCGCAGCCAGCAUGACUGGAGCAGUUGCACAGCACACAGAGCCUUUUCCACACAUUUUUUCCUUUCCAAGCUUAAUUCAGCCGAGCAGCCACAGCCCGGCACAGCACCAGGACUCGCUGACCCCUCACCCUCACCCUGCGCACCUUGGGAUGGGCUCCCAGCGGGUGCAGACCUGGGAAGCGAACCCCUGUCUUGGCCAACCUGAGCGACUCUGCUGGUGGAGGCGCUGGGGGACCAGGCGUGGCGAGGUCCCAGGGCACUGCCGUGGCCCGCUCUGCCGCACUGCUGGAGCCAAAAGGUUUCAGGUACCCUCCUGCCCUUCCGAGCUCACUGCCCGAGCGGGAGCCAUGCCGAGGUGGCGUCCUGGGAUCUCGCGGCGGACGCUAUCCCCAGAGGGAACUCACACACUCAGCAGCGAUCCUGGCAGAGGAAGAAAGAUCUGUAGGAGACGUAAUAACUGUUACCUGACCAACUGGUAUAGCUGGAAAAUGCAAGAGAGGUUUCAUGGAAACAAAGCCUUCUUCAGACCUGGAACAGCAGAAAAUGGCAAGCCGAGUCUAGGCUGAGAACAACCACUCUGAGCUUAGUGCAAUUAUGCUAAUUAAGUAUUACAAAAAAAAAAAAAAAAAGGUGGCGUUAUUAUGGGCCAGGGAGGGAUGGUAGUGAGAUGUAAGGCAAUAUGGGUGAUGGGUGCUGCGGGACCAGGCUCUGGUGGAUGCUCGGCAGCCAGCCUGUGCCUGUACCCAGCUCAUCGCCAGAUCCUGCGCACCAAGACGCCUGGCACUGCUGCAGAGCAAAGCCCCAGGGCUCACCACUGCGUCUGCAGGCACAGUGAGAGCCAGCCAGGGUGUACCCACCUCUUCCCAGGGAGAGAAGCUGAUGCUGGAGAAGUUGCCAAUGAAAUUGUAUUUAUUUCCAGAAGAACUGCAUGAGGCAGUCCUGUCUCCCUGAACUGAGCAGAGGCCCGGUCCCACCACCCUCCAGGUUGUCCCAAGAGCCCCCAAAGCAAAGCAAAACAAAACACUGGAAGCUUGAAAUUGCAGAAGCUGCAAAUUAAAUUGAACUGUAGGAAAAAUAUUAAUCAACCCAGCGAUUUUCUACUGGAAAGGUUUUUCUAGCAAAACUGCAGUGAGGGAGAUGCAAAAGGCUUGGCCUGACAUGGCCUUUCAAAAAUAUCCCUCCUAGCUGGCUUUAAAAUGGUCCCUACCUUUCCUAGGAUGCUCUGUGACCUCCUCGCUCAGCACCCAUGCCUAGAGACAUUUGAAC